AUGAAUGAUAAAACAGUAGAAAUUGGUAAUACGGAUGCGAAGAGGCGUUUAGUCUUGGCAGAUGGGAUUACUUAUACUAUUCAAAAAGAAAAGGCCACUAAAAUAAUUAUAGUAGCAACAUUAACCAGAGCUGUGAUGGCCACCUUUAUUCUUUUUUGUAAAGUUCUUAUUAUCUCGCUGCCUGUAAAAUUUGUAAAACAUCGAAUUACAAAAAAAUCCUACUUCUUUUUUGAUCGAACCGUUGUUUUGUUACCUUCAGUUUAA